GUGAACGGGGAUAGUAUAGAAAAUAUUUCUGAUUCGUUCGUCGAUGUUUACGUUCUCGUUGCCACGGCAACGAAACCUAACCUAAUUGCCGUCAGUGGCAAGUAUAGAGUUUUUACUUUGUGCCGUGUAAACUGUAAAGUUUGUCAUUUUGUUAAAAAGUAACGCUUUGACAAUUAGCAUUGACAAUGAGUACGUGCAACGAAAAUAUUUACAAAUAUCUUGAUAUUUAUUAUGAAAUAUUAUUUCCGUACGAAGAGCUAUGUACUUGGUUAGGUUAUGGAGACGUCGCCAACAUAUCAUUCAGAGAAUUUUCAUUGAGACUAUUAAAUCAAUUGUUCAUUAGAAACAAAUCUUUUCCAAUUCCUAGUCAGAUGAAGGCAACUAUUCUUAAGGAACUUCCAAUAGCAAUAAAUAUUGGUGCGAUAUAUAACACGCCUCCGCGCUGCAAAAGUAUAGCAAAGUUCUUCGUCGAGAAGGAACUGGUCUUUGAUGUAGAUAUUUCUGACUACGACGACGUGAGGACGUGCUGCAAGGGAUCUGAUAUCUGUACAAGAUGUUGGAAGUACAUUGUUAUCGCCUGCAAAAUAUUAAAUAUAUGUUUAAGACAUGAUUUUGGUUACGAUCAUAUACUGUGGAUCUUUUCCGGAAGAAGAGGAAUACAUUGUUGGGUUUGCGAUAAAGCUGCUAGAAUAUUGAAUCAAAGUAAACGCAAUGGGAUAUUGAAUUAUAUGGGACAUGAAACGUUAAAGUGUUUCAUCAAGGAGGACCAUUUCGAAAUAAGAAAGUUGAAUUAUUACGACAGGCGCGUUCUUGCUAUCAUAGAGCCUGAAUUUAUACCUUUAUGCAUCGUAGAUCAAAAUCUACUUGGUACGGAGGAGGGAGUCGAUUAUUUUCUGGCUCUACUUCCCGAUAACGAGGCACAGACAGACGUUAAGCAAUUAUUUAAUGAUCGCAUAAGCAGUAUCGAUAGGUGGAACUCAUUCACCGAAUAUCAUAAAAAUAUGAUUAAUUCCGGCAUAAAUUAUUGGAAGGGACUGGAUGAAUAUCUAGAUCAUGUAAAGUUGCAUUAUUGCGGUCCAAGAUUUGAUAGGAAUGUAACAGAGGGUACAACGCAUUUGUUGAGAUGCCCAUUUUCUGUGCACAAUGAAACUGGCAAAAUCGUUAUACCGUUCGACUUAGACGAAGUAGAAAAGUUUGAUCCGUCGGCCACUCCUACGACAAAACAGUUGAUUAACGAAAUUAAUAUUCUAAGGAGAAAUCGGUCGUUCGAAGGAGACGUAGGUUAUGGAAGUGAUCAUCACGAGACUAGUUUAAGGAAACCUAUGGAUAUUUUUCAAAGAUUUGUAAAACGAGUAAUACAAACGAAGUAAAAUUAUAAUCAAUGUUAAAUGAAAUUUAUCGUUAAAACGGUUCUGGAGUGUACUUAAAUGGAGCUCGUACUUUUCCUGUGCAUUUCUAUUCGCCUUUAUCCCCAAUGUAUAUCGUCAUCGUCUUGCAGAGAUAUCUUCUCACGUGUCCUUAGGGUCCUUAAUGGUUAGCAAAGAUAAAGGAAGGAAUAGAUCAAUCAAAAGGUCUAUUCAAUAGACCUUUUUAUUCUCAAAUGUGCGAUCUGAAUUUGCAUCAUCGUCGUUGGACGAUCACUUUUUGUUUUCAGCGUAUAGCAUAUAGCACAUGGCACAUAUACAUUAUUGGAUUAUAGCAUUAGGCACGGCCAAGAUGGCAGGGACAACGAGAAAAAGUUUAUUGGAUGUGGUGGAAAAAAAUUUAAAGAUUAUUAACUAUAGUACAUACGUAACACGAUUCUCAUAUUUCGGAGAAUAUUUUCAUAGUUCGGAGGAAUUCCAAGAGGUUGCCUUAAAUGAUAUUUUGGCCCGAUAUACAUUGCUCAUAAAGCAAAAAAUUGCCCGUUAAACUUUGAAGAACUAUUUUUUACCCUGCAUUUCCUACAGGUAAUGAGAAGGAUCGUCAAAGGACUGCACGGUAAUUUGAACGAAAAUCUCGUAACCGGUUUGUUACUCAUUUAUCCAAGAUUUUACAUACAUCUCUUGGAGGUACGUAAAAUUGUAAAAUUGUGUUAAACAAGAUUGAACAAGAAGAAGAAAAAAAAAAAAAAAAAAAAAGAAAGAAACAGCACAAUAAAAUCGCCAUAAGUUUGGCCUGUCUGAAGGUUAUUGAAAAAAGACAUGUGAAAGGAGAUGAGAGAUGAAACGACAGGAAUGAUGGGAGAGACAAGGAGAUGACAUAAGGAGAUGCGCACUCAUUCCGAGUAACUUAAUUCGAUAAGUUUAUGUUAAUAGGGCCCGGAAGACGUUAUUUACAUGCAUGUCAAAGGCAUCUGUGAGAAUAAGAACGGAGAAGGAAAAUUUGAGAUUUUUCAUCGAUUGGUUUCACGUUUACACGCUGGCACCUAGCUUAUUGGAAAGGAUAGAAAAGCAAACGCUAGAGGAUAUUAAAAGACAAAUUUCAAAUUGCUGCAUGAAAUUAUAUCAUCUGUGUGACUAUAUAUCAAGAGUAAUGCGCGACGGUGCGAACGACGCUGUAGAAAUUUUAUAUCAUUUAAAUGAGAAAGUACCGCAGUAUCUUCCCGAAAGUACCGUCUUGGAAUUCUUGUUAAACGCAAAGUCAAGCGUAUUGAAGACCGUCGAAGAUUAUUUACGAGUUUACACCGAAGUACCCUUUAUAGAAUUUUACGAUGAUACAAGUUGGCCAGCUACGUCGGACAAUAUGCCUCGUUAUGGCGCGUUGGAGAAAUGCGUCGAUCGAGAAAAAGGCGAAGAUCCAAUGAGGAAGAAAACAUAGACUUGCGAAAUGUUCAAUUUGACGAUAUCAUCGAACGUGUUUUAUUUUCUAUUAUGUUAGUUAUAUCACGACGAGAAACUUAAGUAGGAGACUUUUCGAGUCUUGUGAAAUUUUUUGCAUUUAACAUUUACGAGUUGAAAAUAAACGAUCAGAGUUAU